AUGGCCUCUCUCCCGGCUCGCCAGCCGUCGCAACGAAGAGACUCGCAGCGGGCCCAGUCGCAACCCUCCUCCACCCACUCGCCAGUGCGAUCACGCUCCGAAGACUCGCAGACCAUCUUUGUCCACGAUUCGCCCUACGAGAAAGAGCAACAACAGCAAGAGAGGAUCCAACCAGCCACUCGGCCUAUAGCUCCAGAAGACGACCCCUCGGUCAAGAGAUGUUGGAUAUGUUUCGAAGACUCCACCGAAGACACCCCAGAGACUUCUCCAUGGCGAGAUCCUUGUCCGUGUGCGCUUGUGGCGCAUGAAGAGUGUCUGCUAGACUGGAUUGCCGACAUGGAAGCUCCCAAGAAUACCCGCAACAGAAGCAUCGCCGCGCCCAAGAUCGAGUGUCCGCAGUGCAAGUCGGAGAUCAAGCUGGCCAGGCCGCGAGAUUACGUCGUCGAUCUAGUGAGAGGCUUUGAGAGACUGGCGCUGAAAGCAGUAGCACCCAGUGCUGUCUUCAUGCUGUCCGGUGCGGUAUACCAUCUCACAGUACUGCAUGGCGUCCACUCAAUAUAUGCCGUCUUUGGCGCUCAAGAUGGGGCUCGAAUACUGCGGCCACUGCAAAUGAACGCCACUCGACCUCCUCUAGAAGUGUAUGUCAACGACCCGCGAACCGCAUCUCAACAGCUACUGAGAGUUCUGAUGGACCAUGCUGUUCACUGGAGACUCUACUGCGGAAUCCCACUCAUCACACCCAUUCUCCUCUUCUCGCGGACAUCCCUAGCAGACGGGAUACUACCCGUGCUCCCUAUCGUCUUCUUCGCCUCGCAAGCUCACUCGCCUGACGAAGCUCUCGACUUCGCCACAUGGCCACCAUCAGCAAGCUUCGCUUUUGCAGUACUACCGUACAUUCGAUCUCUCUACAACUUCUACUAUCAAAAGGUCUGGGCGGAGAAGGAGAAGCAGUGGCUGAAGGAGAUUCAACCGCGAGUCACUCAGAACCAGGGCGAGGAUGGCGCGGAGGGUGUUGGGGGUGAGGAUCAGAACGAGGGGCAGGCAGCAGGUGAAGACGAGAACGUGUUCGAACUACAUAUAGAUCGCGGCUUGUGGGAGAAUUGGGACGACGCAGAGGAGAUGGCCGAAAAUGUCGCUCCCGCACAAGACGACGAAGCCGCGCCGGGCCCGAACGUGCAAGAUAAUCGACCCAAUCCACGAGGCGGUGGCAACGAGCAAGCGCAACGAAACGCAGGCCAACAACCGCAGCAAAACCAACCGCAGCAACAGCAGCAAGCGAAUGGCAACCAGCAAAACGGACAAGUCGAUCGUAGGAUAUCAUUCUCCGCAUCUGCCAUCGCCGAAACAGCCAUAGGAGCCAUCGCCUUCCCAACUCUGGCGGGUCUCGCUGGAGAGGCCCUCAAGCUCGUCCUGCCGACAUCAUGGACCACACCGCCAGCGCCCAAUUGUCGAUGGGGUUCUCGAUGGGGCACUCAAACCGGCGUCAAAGGCUUCCUUCAAAACAAGUGGGCACGCAGUAUCGUGGGUGGGUGUUUAUUAGUCGUGGCGAAGGAUGCGUUGAUGCUGUAUGUGCGGUGGCGGAUGGCUCAGAUGCAUCGGGGGCGGCGGGUCGUGGACUUUGAUCGGAAGAAGGGGGAUUCCAAGAAGGCGGCUGUAUGA